UACAAGCAAUUUUGAAGGUAUUUUAUAAAAGUUUGGUCAAAUUAACGUUGCAUACGUUUAAAUUUUAAUUGCAACUCAUCUGCGUUUGAGGUCGGUUGGUUAUUUAAUCGCUGAAGACUUUGCAGAAGCUAAACCAAGAUGACUUUGGGAACAUACAACAGACAUCAAGCAGCACGAAAGAAGCACGCGGCAUUAGCAGCUGCUUUUCCUCAAGGUAUAAGAUGUCAAAAGUGUCUUGAAUACGGCCAUUGGAGCUACGAAUGCACGGGAAAGCGCAAGAUCCUCGUGCGUCCUUCCCGCUCUCAGAUAAUGAAGAAAAAUCUGAAAGAAAAGGAAAAGAAUUCCUGCAGUGAUGGCAAAUGCAAAAUACCCACAAAGAAGCAGAAGGCAUCGUCUGACUGCUCAGACUGCUCUGACGACAGCUCUUCAGACUCAUCGUCAGACAGUGGUAGCUCAUCAUCAAGCAGUGAUGACAGCAGUGACUCUGAUGACAGCGACAGUGAGAGCGACAGCAGCAGUGACUCUGACUCAUGCAGUGACUGCUAAAUUAGUGUAAGCACCUAAACCUAUUUAAAGUUUAAAAGAUCUUGAGCUUUCCUCUACACAUUUAAAAUUCUUUGUUAAUUGUUUUUAUAUUUCAUGUGUACCUAAUAAGUUUGUAAAUUUUAAUUUUUGAUUGCUCAAUUUUCAUUUCAAUUCUUAAACUUUAUGUAGGUUAUUUUUAUAUGAUUUCAAUGCUGGUCAUUUAAAAUAGCUUAAGUCAUAAUAUCUAGAAUUAUUCAUAAAUGGUAUUUUUUUUGUAAAUGUAAUAUCUUAUUAUUGUAAAAUUACUAAUAAACAAUUUUUAACAUGUGACUGAUUGUAUAAUUGUGAAAAUUAAUAUUAAUCUGGUAUAUUGUUUAUUGGUAAUUUGGCUGAAAUAAUUAUUAUAAUUAUUGUAACAUGUUAGAAUAUAAAAGAUAGUAUCAUAGUGGGUGUUUUUGAUAGAAAACGGAAUCUUAUUUACUGUUGGUGUCAAUUUAUUAUUUUUAACUCUUCAAAUCCUCCUACGAAUUCUGACUUGAAUUAAAAUUAGAUGAUUCCUUGUGUUUUAUUCUCAAUAAAUGAAAUUGGAAGUUAUUGUCACAGAUAUUUUAAAAAAUAAAUACUAAAUGAUUA